UAAUCGCCGGCGUUGUCAUGGUGAAAAGUGAAAGGCAUGAUAUUUAUGGGACGGAGCAGGGGGCAUUUAAGGCGGCUGCGACAGUCUGACCCACCGACCGUCAUGUGCGAGGACUGCAAAGGCGGAGAGGACCUGCUGGCCAAGUGCGCAGAAGAGGGAGACAUCAUGGGCGCUCCUCUGGAAGUUUUGGAUGAAGACGCGUCAUCCCUUCAGGCCAUGACUUCUGCUCCUCUGUUGGGCAGGACCGUGUGCGCGAGCUGUAACGAAGAAAUAGUGGAUAAAUAUUUGCUCAAGGUGAACGACUUGUGCUGGCACGUGCGCUGUCUCUCGUGCAGCGUGUGCCAAACUUCACUUGGCAGCCACAGCAGCUGCUACAUCAAAGAGAAAGAGGUCUUCUGUAAACUGGAUUACUUCAGAAGGUACGGCACUUGGUGCGCGUGCUGCGGCCGGAAUAUCCAUGCCACUGACUGGGUCCGUCGCGCCAAGGGCAACGUGUACCACCUGGCGUGUUUUGCGUGUUUUUCCUGUAAAAGACAACUGUCCACGGGAGAGGAGUUUGCGCUCGUGGAGGAAAAGGUGCUCUGUCGCGUGCACUAUGACUGCAUGUUGGAUAACCUCAAGCGCGCCGUGGAGAAAGGAAGCAGUGUGAACAUGGAGGGAGCAGUGCCGACUGAACAAGAGCUAAACCAACCCAAACCCUCAAAAAGGGCUCGCACAAGCUUCACUGCAGACCAGCUGCAGGUGAUGCAGGCCCAGUUUGCUCAGGACAACAACCCAGAUGCUCAGACGCUGCAGAAGCUGGCGGAGCAGACCGGCCUCAGCAGAAGAGUCAUACAGGUCUGGUUCCAGAAUUGUCGAGCGCGCCACAAAAAGCAUGUAAGCCCAAACCACUCCUCGAGCACCGCACUGACCUCACUGCCGCCCAGCCGUCUGUCUCAGCCCACUCCCACCCCAGAGGAGCUGCAGUACACUUCCUACGGAGGCCCGGAGGGGUCAAUGAUCUCAGCACUGCACUCCUUCAUAGAUAUUCACUCCCCUCCCUCAAUGUUUCAACCUAUGCUGCCGGCACACACUAUGACCUCUCUGCCUGUGUCCCACGCCUGACCACACAGUGACCGCGCCGUGACCGCACCGUGAUCACUGGCCUCC